AUGCCACUGCAACUAUGCUUCACUCCCGUCGCCGCCCCUGUCUGUAUACAGCAUGAGCACAUUAGCACCGGUCGCACUCGCCGCGCUUCGCGUCCAAAAUUUGCAAAGAAGCCGCGCGCCCCUCCUCGCUUCGCCGAGCACCGUUCCACCCCGCGCCGCUGGCGCGCCGCCGACGAAAAGGAUGCCCUUUUACGGCAAGUCACCACCGCCUUGAACCAAUGGUAUCAGGAAACAGGCCACCCGAAAGGCUCCCUUCCCUCCGACUCACACUUGCGCCGCUGUGAAAUUGCCCGCCGCCUGCGCUUGCAGCGCCUGGUUACCCGUGCUGGUGGCCACCGCGCUGUGCAGGCCAGCCUUGGUCUGCGCCCAAUCCAAUCUUCACUGAACGCAGUCAAGGAAAAAGAAUUAGCGGAGCUCGCUCAAAGUUUGUACAUGCUUUGCGCGGACCACGACCUUGUGCACCCGAGUGAGGAAUUCCCAGACAAGAAGCUAAUCCGCAAACUCAGCCCGCCGCUUGGCAAUCGAAUCGCCGCUUUUCCGGGACGGAACGGAUACAACCGCCUGGCCGAGUACAUCCGCGCGAAGGCUAACAAGUCUUUUGAGAAGCCUGUCAGGGACGAAUUCAAGAGCACGAAAAGAUGGGGGUUGCGCACAAACCCUCACGAGCUGCGUAUGGAGCUCCUCGCCUAUCAAACCCACCCUCAGGUCUUGCCGCGUCUUAACUCCCUGCCCUCUGAGAUCGCUGGCGCAAUCCAACGUCAGGGCGGGGCGGCAGUGUUUGCGCGGGCCCACGGAAUGGUUCUCGACAGAGAUUGGGGAAAUCUCCUUCGCUUCUCAGGCCUCAUUCGGUGGCUUUCAGAUCAGGUCUUUCCGCUCAUUGACGUCCCCAAUGGGUCCAACGCAAAUACUGCUGAAUCGUACUUGCUAAUGGUACAAUAUCAAAUGAAGCAUCCCCCCAACUUCCCCUCACCAGUCGAGGUCGCGCGUGCAGGCUUUACGAAUGAUGUGCUCAGGUAUGGUGGACGCAAGUCGCUAGCUGGGCGACUUGGGUUUUCGCGAACAUAUGGCAUUCGAGAUGUGUUUAUGGGGCCGUUUUCAGUCCUUUUUGCAGCUGAUUUACUGGAGCACGCAGUGAAACAGGUGCACGUAUCUGCAGACUGCAGUAUAGCGAUGCCUGCCAUGGAAUGUAUGGUCGCAGACGGAAGGUCAGACCUCGCCGGGGCUGUUGGCUUCCUGGGAGGCGAGGGUGCUGUUGGUCGGAGAGUCGGACUUGUCCCACGAGAGCGACUCUUAGGUAAUGUUCAAUAUACUGAUUAUGCCUGAACUUAUCCUGUUCAGCAAUUAAGCAUAAAUUAGCUAAGCAGUUCUAGGUGUUACACGAGUUCCGAGAAGGUCGGUUUUUGCGAUUCUGUAUAACAUGCGAGUUAGAGUUCGCUCCUUUAGAAACAACCAGUAAACAAUAUACAGUUUAUUCCUUAGUGGUA